AUGAGUGUGAGGGAGGCUAUGGAGUGGUCUCUUAAUGGUAGCAAGAUCAUACUGAGGUUCAAUGAGAAACUGCAAGCAGUCGGAGAUGGAGCUGGCCUGUUGAGUGGCAUUCUAGAAGCGCUGGGUUCUGAUUACAGCAAAAUUCCUAUCUGUGAAAAGAGUUGGGCAAAGGUACAAGACAAAGAUAGGGUUUAUGAUGAUUGCAUAAAGGACACAAGGGUGAGGCUGUAUGACGAGCAUUACAAACCAACAAGGACACUUGAGCAGAAUCUUGAGAAGCGUCCGGAGGGGAUUCCUAGAGAGCAUUGGAGGUGGUUCAUUGAUUAUCGUAAUGAUCAUGCAACAAAGGCGAAGUGCAAGCAAAACACACUGAAUCGAAAGAAGCAACUUUACAUGCACACUAGCGAUUCAAGCUUGGCUAGGGCAAGGGAAGAAGAGUCACAAAAACAAGGGAGGAAAGUUGGUAUGGGAGAAGUAUGGAUCCUAAAGCACAAAAGAUCUGAUGGCAGCUAUAUACACGAAGAAGCUCGGAAGAUUGGUAAAAAAAUAUUUGAGAUUGAGCAGCUGGAUGAAUCUACAAGAAUAUUGUCAGAAAAUUAUUCCCUUGUCCAAGCUCUCGGUAAAGAGCACUCGGGUAGAGUGCGUGGCAUGGGACACGGGCCAACACCAAGUCAACUCUUUCGUCCGAGUUCGCAGCCGCCGGUGGAUAGAGCUCAAGUAGAAGAGGCCCAAAGGAUGCUAUGUGAACUACAGGCGGAGGUGACGAUCAAAAAAUUGAAAAGAAAAAUAAUGGAGGAUGAAUUAGCAGCAGAGAGAACGAAGAGGCAGGCAAUAGAGAGCGUGCUGAGUUAUCUGGUCCAAUAG